ACGACGACCGUCCCUCCAGCGACUCGGACCCCCCCCCCCUCCCCGCCGCCGCCUCGCCCCGCAAACCCCCCCGCCCCUGGUGGGACCCCCCCCCGCCCGCGCCCCCCAAAGCCCCGCAGCCCCCCCGAAAGCCGAAGCCCCCCCCGGCCGCGGGUGUCCCCCCCUGCGAGCUCUGCGGCAAAACCUUCUCGAGCGACUCUUCCCUGCGGCGGCACCUCCAGGGGCACCGCGCGGGACCCCCCGGCGCCCCCCCCUUCUCCUGCUACCGCUGCCGCAGCCCCUUCUGGUGCGGGGGGGCCCUGCGGGACCACCUGGGGGGCCCCCCGUGCCGCCGGAGACCCCACAAGUGCCGCUCGUGCCCCAAACGCUUCGCCUCGGCCCGGGCCCUCCGCGAGCACCGGAGAAGGCACCGGGAGCGCGACGGGGACGGGACCGGCCCCGGCUUCGGGUGCGGGGAGUGCGGGAAGCGCCUCUCGAGCCGCUCCAGCCUCGAGACCCACCGGCGGAUCCACACCGGGGAGCGGCCCUACCCCUGCCCCGACUGCGGCCGGGGCUUCAUGGGCUCCAAGUCGCUGAGCAAGCACCGCAAGAGCCGCCACGGCGGCGGCUUCGUGUGCGGGGAGUGCGGGAAGAGCCUCUCGUCGGGGCCCGCGCUCGUCACGCACCGGCGGAUCCACUCCGGGGAGCGGCCCUUCGCCUGCCCCGACUGCGGCCGCGGCUUCAUGGCCACCAAGUCGCUGGCCAAGCACCUUCCCCCCCAGUGCUCCCAGUGCGGGCUGGGCUUCGCCACCCCCUCGGCGCUGGAGCUGCACCGGCGGGACCACCACGGGCAAGGGGGGGUGGCCCGGGGGGGUCUCCGGGUGGCCCAGGGGGGUCUCCAGGUCCCCCCAAAACGCCGGGGGGGGGGUGGAUCCCGUCCCCAAAUCUGCGGGGACUGCGGGAAGGGGUUCCGGGACGGGGCUUCCCUGCGGCGGCACCGGCGCGUCCACACCGGGGAGAAACCGUUCGGGUGCCCCGAGUGCGGGAAGAGCUUCCGAGCCAGCUCGUCCCUCGUCAUCCACCGGCGCAGCCACACCGGGGAGAGGCCCUUCGGCUGCCCCCGCUGCCCCCGCGAAUUCGCCUCCCGCUCCUCCCUGGGCAAACACCUCCGGACACACCGCCCGCCCCAGGGGGACAAGGAGUGA